AUCAGGACUUAAGUGGUGUUGUUUUAGAAGAAGACGAGGCCGACAAAGAGCUCCAAAUGGCUUUACAUAAGUCACGCAAAUUGAAGAUUAGGACCAAUAUAGAGGCGACGACGGGUGCGGCCAGUAUUGCGAAAGUGGCGCAAACUGUUCACAGACUCAAUCAGAAUGUGGACGAAGACCCCAAUGAUUCAAAUGACAAUUUAAUAUCCAAUAACAUUAUAUUGAACUCUACGGCAGAAUUUUGUCGCAAUUUGGGUGAUAUUCCGACCUAUGGUUUGGCGGGGAAUCGCGAUGAAGACGAAGAGCUUAUGGAAUUAGAAGAAGAGGUUAUUACUGAACCACGAGUUCAUGAUUCCGACCCGACUAGAGGUCAAUGGAAUGAAGUAGAGGUGAGAGACGAUGACAUCGCACCCGAUUUGGAUGAUAACGAGGGACAGCCUAUUCUCGAGGAAGAGCCCGAUGUUAGCCGAGGACUGGUCGGCGCCCUUCAGUUAGCCAUGAAAAAGGGAUAUUUGGAUAAAGAGAUUAAGAAACAAAGCGUUUCGCGACAGAGCGCUAUCGAGUCUCACGAAGACGAUAAGAUCGGGCGAAGGGAACGAUAUUCGGGACCCGUGUCUGACUUUAGAGAGAAGAAUGAUUAUAAGCCUGAAAUCAAAUUGGAUUACGUGGACGAGAAGGGAAGAGUUCUCGACCAGAAGGAGGCGUUCAGGCAUUUGUCCCACAAAUUCCAUGGAAAGGGUCCGUCGAAGAACAAAAUCGAUAAACGCAUGAAAAAGAAAGACCAACAGAGCAAAUUACGGCAAAUGAGUUCAACGGAUACACCGCUCAACACAUUACGAAUGCUAACCGAUAAGCAAAAAGAACUUCAAUUACCAUAUGUUGUGCUCACAGGCGGACAGAAGACAGCCAUUCAUUCAACCGAUACACCGCUCAACACAUUACGAAUGCUAACCGAUAAGCAAAAAGAACUUCAAUUACCAUAUGUUGUGCUCACAGGCGGACAGAAGACAGCCAUUCAGUAUAACCACUAUUUCGAAGACCAAAUGAUUAGGAAUUUAUCGAAAGUAAUCGACGAAUAAUUAAAAUAAAGUUAACGUAAUUUUUAAUUGAAAUAAGACUUAAAAAUAUACAGUUUUUCAAAAAAUGUAAAUAAAAGAA